AUGGAGGACGUCGCGCAAAGCAGCAGGCGAAAGGCCUGUGAUUACUGCGUCUCGCGCAAGAUUAAAUGUGAUGGACGGAAGCCGACGUGCUCCAACUGUACUCUCUAUGGCGUCGCCUGCAAGAUCACGACGGCCAGAAGAAGAGCCGUUCUUCGAAGCACUGCGACGAUUCCCUCUGCGGUUCAGCCACCACAGCCGGAUCGAAUGCAGGCCCUCGAGGAGCGGUUGGCAGGCAUUGAAGCUCUCCUCUCGGUGCUGACGGGUACAAAGAGCUCUACUUCAGCUUCUGUACCGGCGGCGAGAUAUCCUGAUGUCAGUCUUGACGAUAUUGACAUUUCAACUCCUGCAGAUUGUCUAGUGACUGAGGCGAGUCCAACGCUUUUCGAACCGGAUCAGUGGCCGAUGCCUUUGACGACGCAUCAUCACUUGGAGCUGCCGCCUCUUUCAGAGAUUCUGCCCGUGGUGGAUAAUUAUUUUAAAAAGUAUAAUCGGCUUAUGCCUUUGUUUGAUGAGCCUACGUUUAUGAGGAUGCUGCUUGAUUGGCACUCAUCUCCGAACAAGCGAUCUAUGGUUCCAUGGGCAGCAGUCAACAUCGUCAUGGCGAUAACCUACCGCGUUCUCGAGGGUAGAUACAUGGACGAUCCACCGCUCGCCCAGUGCGUCCGCAACAUCCGAUCCGCCAUGACGGAGUUGAUGACGCCGGGGCAAGACCUAAUGGGAGUCCAAGUUCUUCUCGCGAUGGCGAUUUUCUAUCAGGGGUCUGCUGACUUUCAGCUUGCUAUUGUUUUGAUGGGGAGUGUUGUUCGGUUGGCGCAGAGUCUGAGGUUGCAUUUGAGAUUGGCGUCGCAGGGUGUUUCAAAGGCAGAGACGCUUUUGAGGUGUCGUGUUUUUUGGAUCACUUAUAUCUAUGACAGGGAGUUGGCGCUGCGGUGUAAAUCGCCUUAUUACCAACUCGACAGCGAAACGGACCUGGACCUACCACCCGCAGACCCUGAGGAUGGACUGGGUGUCAUCGCUUCCGACACGGAUUCCGUGCAACUCAACUUUCUGCGGGCUCGGGUGCAACUUGCUUUUAUACAGGGAAAGACGAAUGAUCUCCUCUACAGUCAAAAGGGGCGGAAACUCACGCACGAGCAGCGAUCUAACAACAUCACCCGCAUCGAAGAGAGAAUGGCCGAGUGGCUCAAGUCUAUACCACCAGAGUUACAAACCGCGGAGGGGAUAAAACAGCGUCUUUCACCGAUGCCGACGCUGUUGAUGCUCAACAUGUUUUACCGCCACUUUGAGUGCUUGAUUCAACUCCACUCGAUAUUCUCGUUUGACGAUGUGUGGAUCGACAGGGUGAAUAGUUAUCUUUCGCCCGCUGUCAUUGAAGUCAAAGAUGAUGAACCGGAUGGAGAGCUCGUGCGAGCUGGCCUUGCGCCUCUGCCACCUGGGUGGACGGGGUGUGUGAGCGGUGCGAGGCUGUGCCUUGAGCUUAUCGCCAUGGGACGACAGAGUGAAUUUACGCUCUGGCUACAUACAUGCGGAUCAUACUCCUGUCUCGUCCUCCUAAUCGUAAACAUGAUUGAAUUCCCAGCCCACGACCACGUCUCAACAGACCGGAGGAUCUCGGAUGCGUGUCUGGUAAUGUUUGACGCCAUGUGUCAAACACUACCCAAAGAUCCGUUCGCAAAGUUGCUGGGCGUGGUGAGAGAACUGGAUCGACGAGCAAGAGGGCAAGUAAACCGUUUGAUGCGGACAAAGGAGGGAAUCAGUUUGAGUGAGGAGAUGAGCCCUUCUCUUGCGUGGACGAUUCUGGAGGAUAUGGAGUUGUGA